AUGACUUUCACCGCGAGGGCCUGGCACGGUGCCGGCAACGGAGCUCUCUUCGCCCAGAUACAACCCCGGAUACCCACCGCGUCGCCCGCGAUAUCGCGUUCUUUUACAUCGUCAUCCAAAUCUCCCAUCCUCUCGCGCACACGAAGCCUCAUCCCGGCGCCAACGCCUUCACGGCCUGCUCUGACAGGUCUGACGACGGGUACUACGCGGAACAAUGGCCUCGACCAACCGAUCCGCUCUUUCUGCGCGUCAAGAGCUCUGCUCGAGGCCAAACAAGAUGCGAAACCACCAGCAAGGCCACGAAAAUCAUAUAAGCAGGAGAUGGCGGAGAAAGGCGUAAUGAACGUAGAAGAGACCGAAGGCGAAACAGAGGACACGGGUUUUGCAAAGUCAGAGAAGGCGACCGCGGCAGCGCAGGUCAACCUGAGCGCAAAGCUCUCGAAGGAGGGUGCGACUGCAGGCAACGCUGGAGGAAUGAAGGAGAUGUGGCGCCUGAUCAAGAUUGCGAGUCCCGAAGCAAAGACGUUGGGGUGGGCGUUUGUUUUCCUGCUCAUGUCGUCGGCUGUAAGCAUGUCGGUACCUUUCUCUAUUGGCAAGAUUUUGGAUAUUGCAACGCAGCCCGAAGGCUCUAAGGAGCUGCUCUUCGGAUUGGACAUCAACACUUUCUACGCUGCCUUGGCGGGUGUGCUUGCAACGGGCGCUGCCUGCAACUUUGGUCGCAUCAUUAUUCUCCGAGUCGUAGGAGAGCGCAUUGUUGCCCGGCUACGAUCUCAACUCUAUCGCAAGACCUUUGUCCAGAACGCCGAGUUCUUCGAUGCGAACAGGGUCGGCGAUCUCAUCUCUCGUCUCGGAUCGGAUACUAUCAUCGUUGGAAAGGCCAUCACGCAGAAUCUGUCAGACGGUCUCCGCUCUAUUGUGGCUGGUGCCGCUGGUUUCGCCAUGAUGGGCUGGGUGAGCUUGAAGCUCACAGGCAUUCUCGCAACUAUUGGUCCACUGGUAGCAAUCUCCGCGUUCGUUGCUGGACGGCAAUUGCGUAAUCUCAGCCGAAAGAUCCAGAAGAACCUUGGUACCUUGACUAAAGUUGCUGAAGAGCGCUUGGGCAAUGUCCGCACGGCACAAGCAUUCGCUGGUGAAGUUCAGGAAGCUGGACGCUACAACCGCCAAAUCAAGAGGAUCUUUGCGCUCGGAAAGAGGGAAGCCUAUGUUGCUGCCACCUUCUUUGGUGUCACUGGUCUCAUGGGCAAUCUCACUGUCAUCGCUGUACUUUACGUCGGAGGCGGUAUGGUCAAGUCUGGGGCUAUCACCAUUGGUGAAUUGUCAUCGUUCCUAAUGUAUACCGCCUACGCAGGGUCUAGCAUGGUCGGCCUUUCUGGCUUCUGGGGUGAGAUGAUGAAGGGCGUUGGAGCUGCCAGCCGACUUUUCGAACUGCAGGAUCGCAACCCCACAAUUUCGCCCACAAAAGGACUGCCCGUCAAGUCUGCCAGAGGCCCGAUUGUUUUCACGAAUGUUAGCUUUAGCUAUCCUACGAGGCCUGCCGUUCCCAUCUUCAAGGAUCUCAAUUUCCGCAUUGAACAGGGUACCAACGUUGCCAUUGUCGCACCCAGUGGAGCUGGCAAGUCUACAGUAGCUAGCUUACUGCUCCGUUUUUACGUACCAACCGAGGGCACUAUCACGAUUGACGGACGAGACAUUACGACACUGAAUGCGAAGCAGCUGAGGAGAAAGAUCGGCUUCGUAGGACAGGAGCCCGUCUUGUUUUCUGGAACGGUUGCCGAGAAUAUUGCAUACGGUGUUCCUAACGCUACUCGCGCUGAAAUUGUCGCAGCCGCUCGCAAGGCUAAUUGCCAAUUCAUCAGCGAUUUCCCUGAUGGUCUCGAAACUCACGUUGGUGCACGUGGUACUCAACUCUCAGGUGGUCAAAAGCAGCGCAUAGCCAUUGCGCGCGCCCUCAUCAAGCAGCCUGAUAUUCUCAUCCUCGACGAAGCUACGAGUGCUCUGGACGCUGAAUCCGAAACUUUGGUCAAUCAAGCAUUGGGCAAGCUUCUUCAGGAGAAAAAUACUACGAUUAGUAUUGCGCAUCGUCUCUCGACUAUUAAGCGAUCCGACCGCAUCAUUUGCAUUAAUGCCGACGGGCAGGUUGCCGAGGAAGGAACAUAUCAGGAGCUCUCCAAUAACCCCGACGGCGCUUUCAGCAAGCUCAUGGAGUGGCAAUUGAGCGGCGGAGAAACAAAACCUCACAUCAAUAGCCCAAAACCCACCGAGGUAGAAGAGAUCGAGCAGGAGUUGGAGGAUGCCGCAGAGGAAGAGGAAGCUGAACGAGUGAAGAGAAACACGUAG